AUAAUACUUAUAAUUUUACAUAUUUUUUUGCCAAACUCAAGAGUAGUAGACGUGAGUGUCAAAGAAAAAUCCAAGCCACGCCCCAACGGCCUGAACACAGUUGAGAUGCUUCGACUAGCUAGCAGCUGUCUGGGUAUUGGACCUCAAGCCUGUAUGGUCAUUGCCGAGCGUCUCUACACUUCUGGCUAUUUUAACUAUCCACGCACUGAGACCACUACAUAUCCUCCUACCUUUGACCUGGUUGGUCUAGUUCGUCAACAGGCUGGUCAUCCGAUAUGGGGCGAUGUAGUCAAGGACCUCUUGGCUACUGGACUUACCCCUCCUCGGCCUGGCCAUGAUGCCGGGGAUCAUCCACCUAUAGUACCAAUGCGCCUCGCCUUACCUAGCGAGCUGAGUGGAGACGCCGUGCGUUUGUAUGAACUGGUGGCUAAGAACUUUCUUGCCUCGGUUAGUGAGAUUUGUAUUUGCUCGCCAAAUAUUUAA